CUUUCACAAACAAAUGUGAAAUUAAUGACUUCCCCUCGGCUUUCACCUCUCAUGUCUUUCUCUGGAGCAGCGAGAGACACAAAGAAGCCCCAAGACUUCCAUUGAUAACUUUGGAUCGCUAGGCAAUAUGUCGAAGAGAGAUUCACAGGUCAUUACAUGCAAAGCGGCGGUGUGUCGGGGAAUUGGGGAAGCAGUGAAGGUGGAAGAGAUACAAGUAGAGCCACCAAAAUCAUGUGAAGUUCGAGUCAAAAUCCUAUAUGCUAGUUUGUGUCAUACGGACAUCUUAUGCACCAAAGGCUUUCCAAUUCCCGUUUUCCCUCGAGUUCUAGGACAUGAAGGUGUUGGUGUUGUGGAGAGUGUGGGUGAGGAAGUAAGAGGUCUAAAAGGAGGAGAUCUUGUAAUUCCAACCUUCAUUGGGGAGUGCCAGGAGUGUGAGAAUUGUUUGUCAAGAAAGACCAACUUAUGCCUAAAAUACCCUGUGCCAUUCAGUGGCCUGAUGCGUGAUGACACGUCACGAAUGUCAAUCGGAGGGCAGAGGCUGUACCACGCUUUUAGUUGCUCCACGUGGUCCGAGUACACGGUUGUUGACGCUGAUUACGUUCUCAAGCUUGAUCCAGGUAUUGCUCUUCCACAUGCUAGCAUCAUCUCAUGUGGAUUUUCCACUGGAUUUGGGGGUGCAUGGAAGGAAGCUGAGGUUGAAAAAGGAUCCACUGUGGCUGUUCUUGGCCUUGGUGCUGUUGGAUUAGGGGUACUAGAGGGGGCUAGAAUGCAAGGGGCAGCAAAGAUAAUCGGCAUUGACAAAAAUGAGAGGAAAAGAAUAAAGGGAAAAGCUUUUGGAAUGACCGACUUUAUAAACCCUGAUGAAUAUGAUAAAUCUAUUUCCGAGCUGGUCAAAGAGUUGACCGGUGGAAUGGGUGUGGAUUAUUGCUUUGAAUGCACCGGAGUCGCACCCUUGGUCAAUGAAGCUCUCCUCGCAACAAAAAUGGGAAAGGGACAAACAAUAGUAAUUGGCGAAGGAAAUCAUGCAACUGUGGAGAUCAAUUUCCUUCGCCUCGUGUUUGGCGGAAAUUUGAAGGGAUCCAUUUUUGGAGGGCUCAAAGUCAAAACAGACCUUCCUGUUAUAAUCGAAAAAUGCAAAAAUAAGGAAAUCCAACUUGAUGAACUUAUGACUCAUGAAGUUUCAUUGGAAGAUAUACAAAAAGCAUUUGAGCUUUUGGAGCAACCUGAUUGUGUGAAGGUUCUUAUCAGGCUUUGAUGGAUCCUGUUAUUUGAAAAUCCAUCUUUCCUUUCAUUUUUGUUGGAAAAUCCGCCCCUCGAAAGAAAAAAAAAGAAAAAAAGGUUACUCGGCGGCGCGUUGUCGUAUACCAUAUAUAAAGUAGAAGCCUUCAAGCGAAUAACUUAGUUAGAAUUGUAACAAGUGACCGUCUAAAAUUAUGACAAGUGUCAUUUAAGUUAAA